AAUUGGAAGCUGCAGAGUGUGUGUGUGUUUGUGUGUGUGUGUGCGUGUGAGAGUGUGUGCGCGCGUGUGUGUGUGUAUGAGUGAGUGAGUGAGUGUGUGUGUGUGUGUGUGCGUGAGUGUGUGUGUGCGCCCGCGAGGGCAAGCGGGAAGGGGGACCCAGCCCAGGACAGGGAGGCCCUGCUUGCAGGUCUCCGGGUCCAGGUGGCGACACGAGCGCUCGCUCUGCCCGCAGCGGGCGGGUGGUUCCCCGGCCCCUCCCCCGCGCGUGCGCGCCCGGGUCCGCCCUCCCCGCAGCUUCGGCUCCCGCGCGGCGGCGGCGGUUCCUUCCCCCUCCCCCAGCCCUGGCUCCGGGGGACCCCGCGAUGCCGGUCCGCACCGAGUGUCCCCCGCCGGCGGGUGCCUCAACCACAUCCGCGGCCUCCCUCAUCCCGCCGCCGCCCAUCAACACCCAGCAGCCCGGCGUGGCUACCAGCUUGCUCUACAGCGGCUCCAAGUUCCGUGGCCACCAGAAGAGCAAGGGGAACUCGUACGACGUAGAGGUGGUGCUGCAGCACGUGGACACUGGGAACUCUUACCUUUGUGGGUACCUGAAGAUUAAAGGCCUUACAGAGGAAUAUCCGACCCUUACAACCUUCUUUGAAGGAGAAAUAAUAAGCAAAAAACACCCUUUCUUAACUCGGAAGUGGGAUGCAGAUGAAGACGUGGAUCGGAAACACUGGGGCAAGUUUCUGGCUUUCUAUCAGUAUGCAAAAUCAUUUAAUUCAGAUGACUUUGAUUAUGAAGAACUGAAAAAUGGGGAUUAUGUCUUCAUGAGGUGGAAGGAGCAGUUUCUAGUCCCGGACCACACGAUCAAAGACAUCAGCGGUGCUUCCUUUGCUGGCUUCUAUUACAUCUGCUUUCAGAAGUCAGCAGCCUCCAUAGAGGGUUACUACUACCAUCGGAGUUCAGAAUGGUAUCAGUCCCUCAACCUGACCCAUGUUCCUGAACACAGUGCGCCCAUCUAUGAGUUCCGGUGACAGAGGUUCAGAACAGUGGCCAAAUAAAACUGAACUUGGCAA